AUUACGUCUCAUGCCGGGAAAUUAGGUAAACAUUUUAUAUGCAUGCAGACCGCAGACUUACCUUCUUUGUAAAAAUGGCAAAAUGCAAAGCUAAACGAAAAUAUGACGAUGAACACAGGACAUUUCUGGAAGAAUGGGAAGAUGCUUACUUUUUUAUUGAACGGAAUGGCAAAUCGCUCUGUUUAUUAUGCGAUACCACGAUAUCACAUUACAAGGCUUCAAACCUUCAGCGUCAUUUUAGCACACUCCAUGCUAAUAUUGACAAGGAUUUCCCCAAAGGUACUGAACUACGGAAGCAAAAAUUGAGCACAUUGAAAAGCCAGGUAAAAAGACAGUCUCAAAUGUUUCAGCAAUUGACCAAGCGUGGAGAAGCUGUGACACUUGCAUCCUAUAAAGUGGCAUGGAAUAUUGCCCGUGCUAAAAAAAAAGAGCCGCCCUCAAACUGCUGUCGAUGUUCUCCUCAACAUAUGUCUGCGAAUCCCUGUUUUCUACCUUGAAACACGUGAAGUCCAAGCAUCGGUCCGUUCUGACUGACACUCACGUAAAGGAACUGCUCCGAGUGGCUACAACUGAAUACCAACCUGAUUUGCAGAGGAUUACUAGAAACAAGAGAUGCCAGAAAUCCCACUGAGAUUAUCACCCCAUCACCUCCAGCAAGGUCAGCGCGUGGUGUGGCUCUUGGACUUUCACAGUUAAAGAUUUCGGCUCUUUGUGUCUAACUUGUUCGCCACCCCUGCUGUAGUAGGUACUGUAUGGUGUAACACUGCACCGAUUGGAGCAGUGUUACAGCACCAAUCGGUGGCGCUGUAACACUGUCACAGAACGGAUCAAAAAAUACUGGGCAUGCUUAAAGAAGACAUGUGAAGUAAACGGCAACAUUUAGACAUUCAAGUUGAACUAGUCUGAACUAAGGACUGAUUUUACUGUGCGCUGAGUUUGUGCUGCCUGCCUCCUGGUAUUAAUACCAAAUUGUAUCACAACUGUCAUUAUGAAGCUGCAUUGAUUUUAGCAGGAUUAACUUCCUAUGCAGUCAGCUCCUGUAUCAUUCCUGGAGCUGAAAGAAGCUCUUGGACUGCAUACCCACCAGUUAUGAAUACAUAAUGCUAUACCGAUGUUCCUGCUGUAGCAUGCUGGAGUGAAUUGCACAGUGCACCAGUCUGCCCUGCUGUCCAAGGUCUAUAUAAAUGCUAAUGAUGGCAGGGCAGUGAAAGGCCACCUCGCUUCUGUCAUGUUAAUAAUACAUUUGCCUCAGAGGAAGUUGCAAGGCUGCAGAUGAGAGCUGGGCUUUGAAGAUCUGACAUAUUAUCUGAAGUAAAAUCUCAUAAAAAGGCAAUGAUUCUGCAGAAUAAGAGAAUCCCCUUAAAUCAUGUUCACAGCUGUUUCCCGAAAGAUGAAGGCAGAUAGAGACAGGAGGACUAAUGCAAAAGAAAGACAUCGCAACCAUGGUUGGUUUCUCUUAUAGCAUUCUGAUUUUUAAUUAAUCCAGUCUGGUCUGUUAUAGUAAUAGUUAUAGUAUUUUCUUCAAGUCUUGUGGCAUGAAUUCUCGCCAAAUAAUUUAUACCAGUUUGUCAUGAACUGAUUCCCCUCGAGUCAAAGCUGAUUUAAAGGUGUAGAAAUGUCUUGAUGCGUACCAGUUUUCUGUCGCUGUCAACAGAUAAGCUGCUACUCUCCCACAUGGAAGAGACAAGACAUCUUGCAGACUUGCUUGUUAAUGCUAUUGUAGUUUUACUCAUGUAGCCCUUUUGCUCAUUGUAUCAGAAUAAUUAUUAGAAGCAUUUAGCAAUCCUUUUAGCUCUGUAUGUAACAUUUGAGUAAAAUUUAAAAUCACAGUAAUUAUGCACACUUGUUCAAUAAUUGUGCACAGAGACAGGAAAGCUAUAAUCUUACUUUUUAACUUCGAUACAUGUGAAGUCUCAGGUUUAUUAACAUUUUUCAUUGGCUGAGAACUCUGGAGUUGUUUCAAAAAUAUUCCCUAAAAAAUACAGCUUUUCGAAAAGUGUACAUCAUCUGAAAUAUUCUUUUUUGUUGGUAUGAGCCGUGGGUGAUCAGAUGUCAUCAGAAGUGCUAGAGUCCCAGUUAAGUAAGGAGGAGAACAGUGUGCUUAGACCACAGGCUGCCUGCAGAGGAGAGAGAGCUGAGCUCAGAGCAGUGGGAGGACUCCAGCGCCGUGACAACAGCAGUGAGGACACACUCAGAUUAUCAGCAGGGAGAAGUUCUCCUCCCCGGUCUCAGCCUGCUGCAGCCCCACGCUGCUGCCUCUCCCUGCUCUCUCUGGAGCCAGAGAUGUGAUGGGGUUUGGAUCUGAGCCCAGCCCAGGAGAGGCUUCCUGCAGCGGGGCGUCGGGCUGAUGAUGGAGCGCCGCUGACCGUAGGGAACUGAUCUGUGUCCUCCCACAGGCUCGGUGGGGAAUAACCCAGCCAACUGGAUCAGCAGGAGAUUAAAGCCGCCUUCCUGCACCUCUGCUUCCAGCCCCUCUGCUGCCGGGCUGAAGUGUGGGUGGACUGAGUGUUCAGCUCCGGGUGUCAGGGCAGCUACAUGUUGCUGCUGGGCUUCAGUCUGCAUUCCCACUUAUUGGAGCUGACGGGUCCCAUUGCUUCCAGGUUCACACCAUGACCUUUUCAUGUCUGCCGUGAAAGUGCCAGCCUCCCUGUGACAUGGAAAAGUCCAGACUCUACAGACUCAUCUAUUAUUUCAUUCUCAAUUCCCCCUUGGUGAUAUAUGCAGAUGCCACGUUCACUGAAGUCCCGAAGGAUGUGAGUGUUGGGGAAGGAGAGGACGUGGAGAUGCCCUGCGCCUUCAAAGCCCUCAGCUCUGCUCCCAUGUCUUUGGAAAUUCAGUGGUGGUACAUCAAGAUGGACGGCCCCAAAGAAGGACCUGAUGAGCUGCAGAACAGGGCCAAGGGCAGCUUAAGAGAAGCUACAAAAAUAAGUACUGUGCGUGUUCAGGGGAACGCCAUCUCCCACCGCCUCAGCCUGUCUAAAGUGAAGAAGGAGGAUGGGGGGGUGUAUGAGUGCCGUGUGUCUGAUCUGUGGGCUGAAGAGGAUCAGGACUUUACAGUUCAUGCUACGCUGACCAUCACUGCGGGAGGCGGCAUGGUGGCAGAGGAGGCUGUGUCACACAUUCAGAACCGCUGGUCGCUAAGGAAUACCAAUGCAGCUCUGGGAGGGGGCCAAGUGGGAGGAGUCACUUCCAAACCUAGCCAAGGACUGACAGGAGGAUCCAGGGAAGGGCAGGAGAAGCAACGGGUUCCUCAGCUGGUCCAGUCUGACCUCCUGCCCUCCGUGUCGUCCACCACUACUACCUCAGUGGCCAAGUCCGCCGCCUCCCAGCUGGCGGGGAGCGCAGCAGUCCUCUGGGACAGAGCUGCCAGUAGCAUGAUGAGCACUAUGGACCCUCUCUGCUUCAUCACUCUUCUUUUCUUGCAUAAACUCAUAUUUAUACUGUUGGCCCACUGAAGAAACUCUGCAGAAUUGCAGUUGGGCUUGCAGGUUUUCACUUUCAAAACCAAACUGAAACCAAGCAACAAUCAGAGACCAGCAGGGAGAGACGGGUCCAGCUGUGGGAGCCAAGCACAGAUGGGAGACAGAUCUGCCAUGUUUAUGUAGCAGCAGGACCGGUGACUGUUAAGAAUGUGGACAAGAGACACCAGCUUAGAGAAUAAAGACAGCAUCAGUACAGUUCCACAUGGAGCCAGAGCAGCAGAAUGGAUGUGGUCUGCUUCACACUUUCUCAUGUUCUUGUCAGCCUCUCCACUGUGUGACCAUCAGAGGACUGAAAGCCAGCUCUUCAUCUGUAAGGGGAUGCUCAUAUUCAUUGUUUUGGGGACAAGAGACUUCCACCAUUCUUUGUUCUUAUUUUCUCUAAAGACUGAAGUUUAAUUAGCAUGGCAUAUCAUUUCUGAUGUCUAUUUCUCCACAGCUUCAUCACACCUCCUCAGUAAACACACCUACUGUUCAAAAUGUGUUUGAGUUUAACGUCUACCCAUUUCUCCACAAAUACAUUUACACUAGUCUUCCCAUUACUCUGUUCCACAAUGAAAACAAAUUUGUGAUAACACAUUUUCAGCAAGAUGCACCUUAGUAUUGUUAUUAUCAAAUACUUCCUACAAUGUCUUUUUUUUAUUGAACUUAUGGUGAUCAGUGACACACUUCAUCUCGUUGACACAUAGAUUUAUUGAUAAUUUGCACCAGCUAUUUAGAUGAAGGCUAAUAUAAUAAAAUAUUACAAACAUAUUAAGUUAAUGUCUUUCCUUGAAUCACAAGAUGAGAUAUCACCCAUCCUUUCUUUGGUGUUUCCUUUACCUCAGUACUUCUCUGCAGUAACCAUUUUAUAUGAGAGAAACUUUGUGAUUAUGCAUCAGUUUUCAGUGAACAUUUGGCAUUGCUAUGACACUCAGAAAUGAGUUAAGUUCAGUUUCGUUUAAUUAGGUACACAAGCAUGCCACUGACCAUGUAUUCCAAGGAGCUGCCAGGGGUGGAAAGGUUAGUAGAACAGAUAGGUUACAACACCAGAAUUGGAAUGAAAAGCAUCAAACAGCCCAUCAGAACAAUGAAUUGACUUUAGCAGGCACAUCAGAUGUCUCAUAGACACAUUAAACAGCUUCACUAACGCUUGAACAGGUUCCCCUUGUCAUGAUGUCAUUCAGUUGUUUUGUCCAGUUGCUCAGCAUGGUUUGCCCAAAGAUUAUUUGGGCAAACCAAAUAAUCAAGCAUCAUGGUACCGCAGGUCAUGCCUGCCAUCUAGGCACAGAUACUGAACUGUUAGCAACACGUUGUGUCUCUUUGCACAAAGUCUUCAGCAACUUUGGUUUAAUGUUUCAUGGACUGACUGUGAUUCACAGAACAUCAGAGAUGGCAGCAUCUGGAGUAAUGCCAUAAUCCAGAGUGAUGGACUGAUGAGUGCUGCAUCACUCAUACCAUUUCAUCAUGCAUUACCAUAGAUCGUGAGAUGUGUGCAUGUCAUAGUCCCAUCAGGAGGUGCUUGCACACCUUCCGGUUCCUAAGACAAAUUCUUGUUACAAUUUCUUAGCCAGAAACUGAUUUUCUAGAAACAGCCAAAUUCUCUCUGGACUUAGAUCUGCUGUAUCUCAAUGACGGGGUUACAAUGACUACUAUCUACACAGAGUCACAGCUGAGAGGGUCCAACACCCUAACCAACCUGGGGGCCAGACUAGGACCAUUAGUGUACCCACACUUUGCAAUACAUGGAGGGUCAAUGUUUCACAUGCAGUGUGGAGUAGAUCGAGCAUUCAGAUAUCCAGAGUGCCAACCCAAAGUAUGGAUGAAGAGAACCAUCUGUUUUAAUCUCAAAAGAACCCAAGAAAGAGGAAGAAUGGUGGAUGAUAGAGCCACAAGAGAGUUGCUGAUGUCAUCUUCCAUGGACUAUGCCACUGAUCUGGGCAGGUUUAAAGGGAACUGCAAUGAAGUUGGGCUUCUGGAAGGAGAUCUUUAAACUGCAGAGUUAGUGAGGUGAUAAGUAGAGUACAAUUCAAUUAAAUUUAUUGAUGUGGCACCAAUUCACAACAAAUGUCUCAAGGCACAAAAAUGUAAUUUCAAUUCAGUACAUUACAAUUGAUCCAAGUAAUUAAACAGUGAAUUAGUAUGCUUUGUGUUUACUGAAUACUUGAUGUACCUUAGGGGACUACUGCCCUGGUAAAAACCAGACCCUUGCUCAAUGCUUUGGUUUUGACAGAGACUCUGGACCAGGGGUGGAAAUUAGUACCACUGGCAAAAUGCUGGUAAAAGAAUGAAGUGGCGUGUAAAUUUGAGCAAGUUCAAAUUUACCCAAUUUGCCCAACCUGUGGCAGGUUGGCAAAUUGAACAGAAGAAAAGACAGUUCAGUUUGAACUCCCAUCCAGGGGAGGAGUGGCCAUCUGGCGAAUAGACUGAUGUCCAUAAAUGAAGUGGCCCCAAACUGCCAUAAUUUAACAAAAAAAAGUAUAUUAAAUAUUAUAUUAAUUGCCCGCGACAGCCCAUUGGUCAAUUUUAUUGACAGACAUUGGGUUUCUCCGAUGAAAUGACUCAGUCCUACUUAGUCUGCCCCUAACCCUAACCCUAACCCUCCCCUUUCCUCUGCUGGUCUAUAUUUUCCCAUUUCAGCUAACCAGUUACAUUAGACCAGGGGUGUCAAGCUCCAGUUCUCAAGGG